GGCAUUUUAUUUGACAGGUGGAAAAGAUAUAAGAAGUUUGGAAGAAACCGAACAAAGAACGAACCUUAAUUAAAACAGACAAAAUGAAGACAUUGGUCUUUUUGGGGUUAACCAUUUUGUUGGUUACAUUGUCGAGGGCUGAUGAUGAUGGAGAAAAGAAGAAAGACAAAGACAGUGUGGGAACAGUGAUUGGAAUUGAUCUUGGAACGACAUAUUCAUGUGUUGGAGUGUUCAAAAAUGGCCGUGUUGAAAUCAUUGCAAAUGACCAAGGAAACCGAAUCACCCCCUCAUAUGUUGCCUUCACAGCAGAUAAUGAGCGUUUGAUUGGAGAUGCUGCCAAGAACCAGCUGACGUCGAAUCCUGAGAACACCAUCUUCGAUGUCAAGCGUCUCAUUGGUCGCACUUGGGACGACAAGUCCGUCCAGAAGGACAUUCAGUACUAUCCUUUUAAAGUCAUCAAUAAGAACAACAAACCUCAUAUAAGUGUGAAAGUUGCUGGUGAAGACAAGCUGUUUGCUCCGGAGGAAGUCUCUGCCAUGGUUCUUGGAAAGAUGAGGGAGAUCGCUGAGGGAUUCUUGGGUAAAAAGGUCAACAAUGCUGUCAUCACUGUCCCUGCUUACUUCAACGAUGCUCAGCGCCAGGCCACCAAAGAUGCUGGCACCAUUGCAGGUCUCAAUGUCAUGAGAAUCAUCAAUGAACCAACUGCUGCUGCUAUUGCUUAUGGACUCGACAAGAAGGAGGGAGAGAAGAACAUUUUGGUCUUUGAUCUUGGUGGUGGUACUUUUGAUGUGUCUCUGCUAACCAUUGAUAAUGGUGUCUUUGAAGUCGUGGCAACUAAUGGUGACACUCAUUUGGGAGGAGAAGACUUUGAUCAGAGAGUAAUGGAACACUUUAUUAAACUGUACAAGAAGAAGAAGGGAAAGGACAUCAGGAAAGACAACCGUGCUGUUCAGAAACUCCGUCGUGAAGUUGAGAAAGCCAAGAGAGCCCUGUCUUCACAGCAUCAGGCCAAGAUUGAAAUUGAAUCUCUCUUUGAUGGAGAGGACUUCUCAGAAACAAUCACCCGUGCUAGAUUUGAGGAGCUCAAUAUGGACUUGUUCAGAUCUACAAUGAAACCAGUGAAACAAGUCUUGGAGGAUGCUGACCUCAAGAAGGAAGACAUUGAUGAGAUUGUCUUGGUUGGAGGUUCCACUAGAAUUCCCAAAAUCCAACAAUUGGUCAAAGACUUUUUCAAUGGAAAGGAACCUAACCGAGGAGUAAACCCAGAUGAGGCUGUUGCUUAUGGUGCUGCUGUACAGGCUGGUGUGUUGAGUGGUGAAGAAGACACCGGUGAUCUCCUUUUGUUGGAUGUUAACCCCUUGACCAUGGGUAUCGAGACUGUUGGAGGUGUCAUGACCAAACUUAUCCCUCGUAACACUGUUAUUCCCACCAAGAAAUCCCAGAUCUUCUCAACAGCUGCCGACAAUCAGCCAACCGUGACCAUCCAAGUCUUUGAAGGAGAACGUCCAAUGACCAAGGACAACCACUUACUUGGAAAAUUUGACUUGACUGGAAUUCCACCAGCACCACGAGGUGUUCCACAGAUUGAGGUGACAUUUGAGAUUGAUGUUAAUGGUAUUUUAAAGGUUACAGCUGAGGAUAAGGGAACAGGCAGCAAGAACCACAUUGUCAUCCAGAACGACAACAACAGACUGUCACCAGAAGAUAUUGAACGUAUGAUUAAUGAUGCUGAGAAGUUUGCUGAUGAAGAUAAGAAAGUCAAGGAAAAAGUAGAUGCAAAGAAUGAACUAGAAAGCUACGCAUAUUCUCUUAAGAAUCAAAUUGGAGAUAAAGAAAAACUAGGAGGUAAAUUGAGUGACGAGGAUAAAAAGACAAUUGAGGAAGCUGUUGAUGAGAAAAUCAAGUGGAUGGAAUCUAAUUCCGAUGCUGAUGUAGAAGACUUAAAAGCACAAAAGAAAGAACUGGAAGAAGUAGUGCAGCCAAUAAUGAGCAAACUUUACCAAGGAGCUGGUGGUGCUCCUCCCCCAUCAGGAGAAGAGGGAGCUGAUGAAAAGGACGAGUUAUAAAAACAGUUUAUUAUUAGGUUAUUUGGACACUUUCCAUUUUUUAUCUCCAUUUUUCAUUAUCAUAUGACGGCCCUCUGAAGAAUUUUUUUUCUUAAAAUGGUUUUCAACCAAGUGCUAAAUUUAGUAGGAAAUAUUGGGUGCAUAUUUGUUUUCAUUUUGUCUUAAAAAUCAGAGGCACCUUCAUCCUCCAAAAGUAUGCUUGUGUUGGUGAAUACAUCAUGUAGCAUAAUUAUUUUUUUUAACGAAUCAUUUACUGUGAAUUUCGCAACAGAUCUUGUAGAAAGUUGAGUUUUGAUAUGGUGUACAAGUUGUGAAUAUGCUACCAUUUCCUCAUGACCAUGGUGUGAAGAGAAUGUUGCGAAGGAAAAUGGUAAUGCUGAAUGAUAAUGCUGCCAAAUUACUUGAGAGUUGCAUCACGUAAACAAAGUUUAUUAUUAUUUAUUGACGGCAGUGUGUGAAUGUUGUGUUAUGUGGCUGAAUUCUGAGAGUUGAUGUAAAUUUUGAACAAGGUGUGAUGGAUGAAAUCCAUUUAUACGUGUAAAUAUGUUGUUGUUAUGGAUACAUGUAUAUGAUGGAUGUUAAAUAAAAUACAUAAAAAGUUG